UUCGAAUACAGGUGUGAUAUUACUCAGCUUCACAGUUUCUAAGAGGCGUUACAAAACAGUCUCAGCAACUCAGAUAGAAAAAAGCCAAAAAAGCACCGAAUUGAAGAGAAAAAGAGAGAGUGAAGCAAAGAGGAAGAAGAGAGCAAAGAGGAGCGAUGGUAGGAGAAGAGAAGAGGCAUCAGAUGAUGCAAAACCUAUUCGGAGACCAAUCCGAAGAGGAAGAAGAAGAAGAAGAGGAGGUUGAAUCCGAACACGAAUCCAACCGUCAACCCGAUUACGCUUCGGAUGAUGGGGAUGGAGGACUGGAGCCAGAAGGAGAAGGUGAAGCCGAUGUUGAAGGUGAAGGGGAAGUAGAAGUGGAAGGCCAAGGGGAGGCUGAGAUGGAGAGUGAAGGUGAAAUGCAAGAUGUUGAUCCUGGUCACGGAGAGAGUGAGGGUGAAAGAGAUCAGAGUUCUCAGGAAAUAGAGGUUGGUGAUCAGAAGGUAGAAAGUGAAGGAAGAGACUCAGAGAGUGAUGAAAAAGAAGAAUAUGGUCAAAGAGUAGUGACUAGUAGGAGGAGGGAAGUAAUUGACAGUGAAUCGGAAAGAUCUGAGGAAAAUCGAUUUGGUGACAAUGAAGACGAGGAAGUAAAUCAAGCAAGAAGUCCAAGUAGGUCCCCUGGGGAAGAGAAAGAUGAGGCUCACAUAUCCUCUGCCCCAGAGAUUCGUGACGUGUUUGGGGAUUCAGAGGACGAAGAAGAGGCUGAUUAUGUUGUUCAGGAUCAAAUUGACGAGGAGCAAAAUAUAUCCCCUAUGGAAGAAGAAACUAGCUAUGGGAAAGUUAGGCCAGAAGAUAUUAUACCUGAAGAUGAUGGCGGAUACGAGUCUGAAGAAGAGCAAGUGGAAUCUAAAACUAAGGAAAAACCAGUUGGGCCCCCAUUAGAGCUGGAGAUUCCAUUGCGUCCACCUCCAGCUUAUUCAGAUAAGAUGAACUUGAUCAAGGUUUCUAACAUAAUGGGCAUUGAUCCUAAGCCCUUUGAUCCUGAGACAUAUGUUGAAGAGGACGUCUUUGUGACUGAUGAAUCUGGAUCUAAGAAACGCAUCAGCUUAGUUAAUAACAUUGUUCGAUGGAGGAAAGUUAAAAAGCCCGAUGGAACAACAACUGUAGAAAGCAAUGCACGCUUUGUGGAAUGGUCUGAUGGCAGUGUACAAUUAAUGAUUGGAAAUGAAGUUCUGGACAUGUCUGUGCAAGAUGCCCAGCAUGAUCAAGCACACCUGUUUCUUAGACAUGGAAAGGGAAUACUACAAUCACAAGGGAGAAUUUUAAGAAAGAUGAGGUUUAUGCCUUCAUCCUUGACAUCAAACUCUCACCGUCUAUUGACUGCCCUUGUUGAUUCACGUCAUAAGAAGGUAUACAAAGUGAAGAACUGUUUCACUGACAUUGACCCUGAGAGGGAGAAAGAGCAAAAGGAGAAGGCUGAAAGCCAAACAAUCAGAGCAAAUGUAAUCCUCAACCGGAAAAAGGAGAAGGUCAACCGUAAAUACAUGCCUGCUGUACGUAGGGAGCGCCAACUCUCUCCUGGUUUCUUAGAGGAUGCGCUUGAGGAGGAAGAGGAUACUGAUUACUAUGACUCUCGACGGUCUGCUGCUCGACGUCGCUUUGAAGAAGAUCUAGAAAUGGAAGCUCAAGCGGAGAAACGAAUCAUUAAUGCGAAAAAGAAAGAUAUUCCAAGACAAACAUCAUUGUCUGCUUCAAAACAUUCUCGGUGCCCUAUUGAUUUCGAAGAUAGCGAGAAAGAGGAGUCUGAGUAUGAAACUGAAGAGGAGGAAGAGGAAGAAGAGAGGUCUCCCCCACGUAGAAGGGAUGUGCAGGAGGAGCAGGAAUAUGAAGAAGAGGAAGAGCGUGAUCAGGGCGAGGAGGAAGAGGCAUAUGAAGAGUCAGAAGAGGAGGCUGAGGAGCCAAAGCAAAAUGCUAGGGAAUCAGCACCAAGUAAGCGGAAAGGGAUUGAGUCGGAUGAAGAAUCUCCUCCAAGGAAGACGACAACUCAUCGGAGAAUGGCAAUUGUUUAUGACAGUGAGGAAGACUAAAAUGUAAUUGCAUGGAAUCUGAGACAGGCAAAUUUGCACAGAAGAUUGUCGCAGGAUGGAAAGAGGCAUCAAGUGCCUGAAUGUUGUUCAAUUAUACAUCACCAACCUACCUUAGAUUUAUACUUUCAGAUGUCUUUCUUAUGCUGAAAUUGCUGAAGAGCCGUAGCAGAACUGAUGUUACCUUUUUUUCCCCAAUAUGUUGGAAUAGUUUUUUAAGAUGGAUAUAACCUGGUUUCUUAUCAGCUACCUAUUUAUAGAUGAAGCUUGAAACUUAGUAGCUU